CUUGGUCUCGGUCCCAACUGCCCGUCGACCACUUGCCCCUGAGCCCUCAGAUCUCUGUCUGCCUCCCAAAUCCUCUCCCCACAGCAGUCGCUCCUCCCCCCCCUCACAGCCCAGUCCCGAUGAAGGUCUCCUGUCUCCAGUUCGACCCCAAGCACGGUCAGCCCAAGCAAAACAUGGCCAAGGCCACGCAGAUGCUGGCCCACCUCAGCGAAGAUGAUAAACUCGAUGUGCUCGUGCUGCCCGAGUUGGGGUUCACCGGAUACACCUUCAAAGACCGUGAACAAAUCCGCCCGUUUGCAGAAGACGGAGAAACCGGUGAGACCGUCCAGUGGGCCAAGGCUCAGGCUAUCAGACUCAAGACUUUUGUCCUGGUUGGCUACCCACGAAUUGUCGUGGAGGAUGGCAAGGAAAAGUUCUACAACGCCGCCUGCUUUGUCGGCCCGACCGGCGAGCUCUUGUUUACCUACCACAGGCACCUUCUCUCCAAGAAUGACGAGGGCUGGGCCGACCAAGGCGAUGGCUUCAAGUACCUCGAUGUCCCGUCGCUUGGCAGGGUUGGCUUUGGAAUCUCCCUGGACCUGAGCACGCACCAGCUCGAGGCCAACCGGUGGAUGUGCGAUUUUACACGCUUCCAGGCGGAUUCCGGCUCGCAGCUGAUUCUCUGCCCGAUGGCGUGGACCCGUACAGAGCUGGACGAAGGUCUCGAAGAAGAAGAUCCGUCCUUCGGAACCGUCAAGGCUUGGGGACAACGACUCCGACCCGUGAUCGACAGCACCAGAGAGGUUCCUGACAAAACCGUGAUCGUGGUCUUUGCCAACCGCACGGGCGGAAAGCAGGAGAACCUGUCAUUCUCCGGAACCAGCACUGUCUUGUCGAUCACUGGCGGCAUGGGAUCCAUUAUGGAUGCCGUGAGCCUGGGACGCGAACAGGUGCUCUACUGCGAGCUCUAAUUGUCGCAUCCCGAGCUGUCCGCUUGUCUCGCCCCCUGACCCCGACCCCCGACCCCGACCCCUGAAGUCUCCAGUCCCGGUGAUUCCUCCGUAUGCUGCAACAUGGCCUAGAAGCACUGUUGUGCAUGUAAGCGUAUUGAUACAAGCUGUAUUCAAAUAAAAUUGAUUAUACGAGCGAAUAUGCGGA